UGAAGAUUGCGAUUCAUCCAGCGGAGGAAGCGGAUAAUGAACAACUUAGAGGAGCUCAACCCCAUAAUAACCAACAGCGCAUCACACCACAGCGCAUCACACCUGUGACCUAAACUCCGACACAAAGCUACAAGACACCGUGAAGAAUCACAGUUCACCUCAGAAACCCCCGGUCUCCAUCCUCUCUCCUCCUCGACGAUCUUCGUCCCCUCUCAUCCACCCUUCCACCCCUUCCAUCCCCACUACCUAGCCCUUUUCCCUCUUGUCUUCUUCACCCCUUGCCUCUCGUCCUCUACCGUGAGCAGGCUCUGCUGGCCGUGGUGUUGAGAGAGAGCCAUGGUCCUGUUAAAAGUGCAGUUUCCCCUGCACCGGCGCGUGCGUCUGGCCCAGGGUCUGUGGCUGAUUACCUGGGUGACUGUCCUGGCUGGGGCCUUUACCUUCAGCCUGGGCGUCUACCUAAAGACUGAACUUCUCCGCAGGGCUGAGGUGAUGGACAACGCAGAGAUCCAUGUGGUCCCCAACAUCCUGAUGCUGGUGGGUCUGGCAUCUAUCGGAAACUAUAUGUUUGCCGGGCGCAUCUGCCAGGACUCUCUGGAUCCUUCCCGCUUCCCUCGCUGGAAGCCCUUCCUGCUGCCCUGGUUUGGCUUGUCCAUGCUGCUGUGUGUCCACCUACUGUCUGCUGUGGUGCUCAGCUACGCCCUGCAGGGUAGCCUGGAGGAGUCACUCAAGGUCGGUCUGAGGAAUGGUAUCCGGUUCUACCGGGACACGGAUGUACCGGGCCGUUGCUUUCAGAAGGAGACCAUUGAUCGCCUACAGAUGGACCUUAGGUGCUGUGGCAACACCAACUACAGAGACUGGUUUGAGGUCCAGUGGAUCAGCAGCCGCUACCUGGACUUUACCUCCAAGGAAGUAAAGGAUCGCGUGCGGAGUAAUGUGGACGGUCGUUACCUUAUGGACGGGGUCCCAUUUAGCUGCUGUAACCCUUCUUCGCCACGUCCAUGCCUGCAGGAACACCUAACCGAUAACUCCGCCCACUUCAACUAUGAGCACCAAUCAGAGGAACUGAACCUAUACAACCGAGGCUGCAGACAGGCUCUGGUGGAUUACUACAUGGGCCUAAUGAACACCAUCGGUCCUGGCAUCCUGUCUGUUAUCUCCGUGCAGAUCACGGUGAUGGUGAGCCUGCGCUACCUGCAGACAGCAAUGGAGGGCGCGGCCGAACUGGACAACCCAGAGGACGAGAGUGUGGGCUACAUCCUUGAGAAGGGAGUCAAGGAAACCGUGUCUGAGUUCAAGGGCGCUUUCCUCAAUCUGCUGCAUCCUGGCCAGGUGGAGGUGGCCCCUGAGGCUGCAGAGGUGGAAAAUGUUGAUAAGGCAACGUCCGCAUCCAGCUAAACCAAAGACCAAUUACAAAAAAGGGGCAGAGAAAGCUGGUAUGGGUGGGAAGG